AUCUCCCGGGCAGGGCUGCAGCACCUGGCCCCCGCACACGCCCCCAGCCUCUCCGUGGCCAACGGCCCCGCCAAGGAGCCCAGAGCGACCCUGGACUGGAGCGAGAACGCCAUCAACGGAGAGCACUUGUGGCUGGAGACCAACGUCUCGGGGGACCUGUGCUACCUGGGCGAGGAGAACUGCCAAGUCCGAUUUGCAAAAUCGGCUCUCAGGAGGAAGUGUGGGGUCUGCAAGAUUGUGGUCCACGCCGCCUGCAUCGAGCAGCUGGAAAAGAUUAACUUCAGAUGUAAACCGACCUUUCGAGAAGGAGGCUCAAGAUCCCCAAGAGAAAAUUUUGUGCGUCACCACUGGGUGCACCGUCGGCGGCAGGAGGGCAAGUGUAAGCAGUGCGGGAAGGGCUUCCAGCAAAAGUUCACCUUCCACAGCAAGGAGAUUGUGGCAAUCAGCUGUUCCUGGUGCAAGCAGGCGUUUCACAACAAGGUGACCUGCUUCAUGCUGCACCACAUUGAGGAACCCUGCUCCCUGGGGGCGCACGCGGCUGUUAUCAUCCCGCCCACCUGGAUUAUUAAGGUGAAGAAACCUCAGAACUCUCUGAAGGCCUCCAACCGGAAGAAGAAGAGAACGAGCUUCAAAAGGAAAGCCAGUAAGAGAGGAGCUGAGCCGGAAAACAAGGGGCGUCCGUUUGUGGUCAAACCCAUCUCUUCUCCUCUGAUGAAACCCCUGCUUGUGUUUGUAAAUCCCAAGAGUGGAGGCAACCAGGGAACCAAAGUUCUGCAGACGUUCAUGUGGUACCUGAAUCCCCGGCAAGUCUUUGAUCUUUCCCAGGAGGGGCCCAAAGACGCGCUCGAGUUGUAUAGGAAGGUGCCCAACCUGCGCAUCCUGGCCUGCGGCGGGGACGGAACGGUGGGCUGGAUCCUGUCCAUCCUGGAUGAACUGCAGCUGAGUCCCCAGCCACCUGUUGGGGUCCUUCCUCUGGGGACCGGGAACGACCUGGCUCGGACGCUCAACUGGGGUGGGGGCUACACGGAUGAGCCUGUGUCCAAGAUCUUGUGCCAAGUGGAAGAUGGGACGAUUGUCCAGCUGGACCGCUGGAACCUCCACGUGGAGAGGAACCCCGACCUGCCUCCGGAGGAACUCGAGGACGGCGUGUGUAAGCUCCCACUGAAUGUGUUCAACAACUACUUCAGCCUCGGAUUCGAUGCCCACGUCACGCUGGAGUUCCACGAAUCCCGAGAAGCCAAUCCAGAAAAGUUCAACAGCCGUUUUCGAAAUAAAAUGUUCUAUGCGGGGGCAGCCUUUUCUGAUUUCCUACAGAGGAGUUCGAGGGAUCUAUCCAAACACGUUAAAGUUGUCUGUGAUGGGACUGAUCUCACUCCCAAGAUCCAGGAGCUGAAGUUCCAGUGUCUGGUGUUUUUAAACAUUCCCAGGUGAGCUUGUCCAUGUACCUGCCUUUGUUUGAUGGGACCUCGGGUUUGGGUUGAGGUCCCCUGUCUUCAUGGCAGGACGAAUCCAGGGAGAGAUGACGGGAAUCAUCCUCUGUUAGGAAACCUUCCAGCCAGUAUUGCUGCCCUGCAAGUUGGGGGCCACGGGGAGCGGCUGCACCAGUGCCGGGAAGUCAUGCUUCUGACGUACAAGUCUAUCCCCAUGCAAGUGGACGGCGAGCCGUGCAGGUUGGCCCCGGCCAUGAUCCGGAUCUCCUUACGGAACCAGGCGAACAUGGUCCAGAAGAGCAAGAGGAGGACCUCCAUGCCUUUGCUCAAUGACAUCCACCAGGUGCAGUCCGCGGACCCACGCCGAGUGUCGGCGCCCCCUGGCUCCUUCGUCAUUCCCCAGUCUGUCCCAGACCGUCUGCGGAUCCGCGUGAACAAAAUCAGUUUACAAGACUAUGAAGGAUGCCACUACGGGAAAGAGAAACUCCGGGAAGCGUCCAUCCCUCUGGGCAUUCUUGUCGUGCGUGGAGACUGUGACUUGGACACGUGCCGCAUGUACAUAGACCGGCUGCAAGAGGACCUGCAGUCUGUUUCCUCUGACUCCCAGAGCGUUCAUUAUCAGUUCGAAGCCACCAGCCUCCCUAAGGUCUUAUGCCUUCACUCUCUGAUUACGUUGUUGUUGUUUAUUCUAGCAACUUCUGCUGAUCGCUUUUAUCGAAUAGACAGAUCUCAGGAACACUUGCACUUCGUGAUGGAGAUUUCCCAAGAUGAGAUUUUCAUCCUGGACCCAGAUAUGGUGGUGCCCCAGCAGGCAGGCACGCCUCCGGGGAUGCCCGACCUGGUGGUGGAGCAGGCCUCGGGGAUGUCCGACUGGUGGAACCCUGCCCUGCGGAAGCGUAUGCUGAGCGACAGCGGGCUGGGGAUGGUGACCCCGAGAUACGAGGACUGCGAUGGGAAGGAUGUGAGCCACCCGCGCGCACUUCAGUCACCAGUGUCUUCAGAAGACCACGCAAUUCUGCAGGCAGUGGUAGCAGGUGAUCUUAUGAAGCUCAUAGAAAGCUAUAAAAACGGAGGCAGCCUGCUAAUCCAGGGACCGGACCACUGUUCACUCCUUCACUACGCAGCUAAGACAGGCAACGGGGAGAUUGUGAAAUACAUCCUGGACCACGGGCCUUCUGAGUUACUGGAUAUGGCCGACAGUGAAACGGGCGAGACUGCGCUUCACAAGGCGGCCUGCCAGCGGAACCGGGCAGUGUGCCAGCUCCUGGUGGACGCAGGAGCGGCUCUCAGAAAGACGGACUCCAAGGGCAAGACUCCUCAAGACAGAGCACAGCAGGCUGGGGACCUGGACCUGGCUGCGUACCUAGAGAGCCAUCAGAACUAUAAGAUCCUUGGCCACGAGGACCUGGAAACAGCCGUUUGACCCUGGCAGACUGGCAGAGAGCACCUGCGUGAGGAGAUCACCUACGCCCUCCCGGCCGCCGGGCAGCUCUCCUGGAAGAAGCUGAUGGAAUCCAUACACCUGUCUCUCUCCUGCAAGAAUCUCUCUGAGACCGUGCCACCAGUUUAAGGGCUCCCGGGCUGGACCGCAGAAUACGAUAGCCCACGGAGACUGCGGCAAGAUACCUGGAGAUGUGGGGGCGGCGGCGGCGCCCUAGAGGUUUGAUCCUUACUGCUUCCAGCAAGUAGCAUGAACUUCCGUGUUCACCUGUGUAACUUAUUUCAGAGAUUCAGAGGCUUUCCAUAAAAUGGCACCGCUCCCUUCUCCCCACCCCCUCCACAUGCAUCCCUCUUCCCCUCUCCGAACCCUUUCCCUGUCCCACACCUUUUGACUGUUAACUUCCCCCCACUCCACCCCAUUUUAAAUAUGGUAUUAUCUGUUCUCUUCCCAUUUCUAUCUUUGGAGACCCUGGGGUUGUCUGAAGGUCAUUUGAAGCCCUCCAGAUGUCCCACAGAAACAGCGGACACAGGACUCUAAGUCCACUUCCAUCUCCAAGACUAAGCCCACGAAGACUCCUUGGGGACUCUUUGCACGCUUUCCCCUCUGCCCCCUCCCCUCCUUUUUCAUUAUCGAGGAGCUGGGACGUGCCACAUGGAUCAUGUCAACUUGUCACAUGCUGUAUCGCUGAGGUGCGGUGAGCUGGCUGGGAGUUGUCUGCGGUGCUCUGAGGUACCUCUGAGAGGUCACCCAGGGCCCAGCCCAGGUGGCUGGUAGCUGAGAGGGCCUGGUUCAGCCUGGGCUGAGGACUCAGCUCGGUACUGCCCACGGGUAGUCACCUCUGUCCCGUGCAGGCGUCACCAUGAGCAGCGGCUUCAACAAGGGCCGGCGGCUGGUCGGCCAAAUGGCUCCGUGCCCAGGGCUGACCGGGCUGAGCCCAGAAGCGUGUGUGGAGGCUGUGGUCACAGGAAGUGGUCGCAGGUAACAGCAUGGACGUCCACACGUUUUCCAGCGAGGAUGGGAAACACAGCAACUGCAGAAGCAGCCACGUGCCCAAGACCAAGCCAUCUUUGCCAAGCUAAAGGGACCCUUGGAGACAGUGAUUGGGGCUGGGGGGUGGGGCCGUUCUAGACUCCCGUUACUCCAAGACAGUCUUGUCCCAAGGACAAAGCCUUGUUUCGCGAGCUCCACUGCCAGAUUUCCGGAAUGCCUGGAUCAUCCUGUGGACCCCUCCGCGUAGGACUGGGCGGGGAACCACAGUCCUUCCUGAUGCCCCCGUAGGCUCCUUUUCCCUGCAUGGGGUAGUCUGUCAUUGCCCUUUCUACCUUCUCCGCCUCCCCCCCACCACGCCCCGAGGGGCCCUGGCCACGCCUGAUCCAGAUGCAGCUCAGAAGCUACGUGCCUGGCCCCUCACCUGGACACUCUUGUGAACACAAAAUGACCAGAGGGAAACCUCUCUCUCUUUCGGUCCCAGAUGCGUGCUCCCCGUGGGGAGGAGGCAGAAACAACAGUGGGUGUCCUGAGCAGGUUGCUGCUGUCGGGCGCUGAUGCGCCCAGAGCCAGUGGUCUUCCAUGUCACCCUUGGGCACGAGCCAAGCACUUCCCUCUCACCUUUCCGCAUGCCAACUCCAGUGGCCAUCCCUCCGGGGGCUUGUCAUUUAAGAGCCCUGUGUGGGGAGGGAGGCGGGGGACACACUUCUGAUUGGAAUUCCACCCGGGCUCAGCCCAUCAUUGGGACAGCAUCGGCCAUGAUAGACUGUACCCAGGAGGAGCGGCCUCUCGGACGCCCAGGUUUUUAUCCACCAUCGUCUCAAAAUCAAGUCGUGGGCGAAAGUUCCAGCUGAGAGGGCAGGGGCUGGCUGGCUGCAAGGAACCUCUUUCCAUACGUCAGUCCCAGAAAUGGACAUGCCUCCUGGAGGCGGUGGUGCAGGAAGCUGGGGCUGCAGUUGAUGGAUUCCAGAAGUCUGAGGAGGAGGAGGAGGAUAAGGAGGGGGCUGCAGGGGAGUCCUUCUGCCAGUUUGCCUGCCCCUCUGCUGGGACAUCGGGGAGAUGUCACAAUGACAGAAACCUAAUCCCUGGACCAGACCGGAAGCUGGCUUUGAAUGGUGCCUUCCAGCACCAUGGAGCCAAACGAGGGGCUCUGUGUUCACCAGUGGGGGCUCAGAUUUCUCCGUGCGGGUUUUAGAGCAGCCCCGAGAAAGCUAGGGGUGCAGAUGGCCCGGCGCCAACCCAAACAGCUCCACUGCAAGGCCAAGGCAAGCCCCUGGCAUGAAAACAGGCGAGGUUCUAACUACUGGAGGGGCCCCUGAGCGCUUGGAAAUCAUUCCCGCAUACCUCCCACCCCCUUCAAUAAAUAUCAAGUCAUUAGGGUCCCGUGUUACUAAUAGGGGUGAUGGAUGGCCAAAGGCAAACACUCCCCGGGCCUUGGGCUUUGCAGAAAAAGAGCAGCAAUCAUGGACAGAACAAGCCCCGCUUUGAGUGGCUGAGACAGUCCAUCUACCUCCUGUAACCCUCGUUCUACUUGGUCACUGUGUGUCGUAUGCUCCAGGAGUGCUGAAUCGGCUUGCCUCCUGUUCUCCAGCCACGGGGCGUCCGAGGAGUUGACUCGCACGUUCAGCUGCUGCUGCUUAGGAAUGCCUUUGGCUGGGAAGCUCUUUCUACCCCAUUGCCUGGUUCCCUUUCCUCAUUGACCCGAUGGAAGCCCAUGGUCUGGCCUCGGUCUGAACACACACACACAGCGUCCAUUGAAAAAGCAUCAUGAUAUGUACCCAGAGGAAAGGGUAUUUUCUGCAAAACCCGCUGAGACAGCUUUUCAAGUGGUGGCUGGCUUCUCGGGCAGCGUCCCUGCCGCAUCGGCCUCGGGACAGCCCUUCCUGCCACACAGCUGUCUGGCUUGGGGUUCCACUCUCAGACCUGGCUAUCGGAGGGACGACGAACAGAGUUGUUCCCCAAAGACCCCAUCUCAAAACCUUAAAGCCAGGCGCUGCUGCAGCCUGCUACUCUAGUAUUGCACUCCCGUGCUGGGGGAGCCGGCUCGCUGUGCGGUAUCACAUUCAAGCCCUUGAGAAAGGCCAAAGGGCGGGACGCGGCCCUGAGCCACCUGAUUGUAGGGCCGCCCUGCUUUUCGCAAACACCUUGAUGCAUCUUCUCUUUGAUGGAAGACCUGCGUUGGCACCUGUUUGUGAGAACUGGAAGACAUCCAAAGAGGGCUUUGCCUUUUAGGAGAAGAGCGAACAGUGAAACAACUGAGUAGCGCCCAGGAAUGACGUCAGAUUCCUUCCCCAGGAACGUGUCAUCCAACGUCGCAGCAUCCAGCCGCCAUCCUGAACGGUGUCAGUGGCGAACGCCCAGUGUUAGCGUGAGUUGAGGUUUUGAGCACUCUUUGCUAUGAUCUGGCAGGUGACGCUUGGGGCUGAGGAUGGUCAAAAAUGCCCCCCAUGGGAUCAUGUCUGCACUGGGCAUCAUUCUGAUCUAUGAAGUGGUUCCCGGGAACACUCGGUUUUGGGAUGAUGGGAAACGCCUGUCCUGCCGUGGAGGUGAGAACCUAGAAGCAGUGCGAUCUCUGAAGCAGAGGAGCUGACUAGCAGGUUCAGCUGCUGCCGCUUAGGAAUGACUGCAGCUGGGAUGCUCUUCCUACCCCUGGGCCUUGUUCCCUGUGGGGUCUCCGUCUUUACAGGGACUGUGGUAUGAGGUCCUCAUCUGGUGAUCCAUGUGCAUCUGAACCUAGUGCCAGUUCCUUUGCCUAAGGGAUCAUUGCACGGUCUUCACUAGCAUCCCCAUAUCAUCCAUGUCCAAGGACACGUGGGCGCGCCAUGUCGUUCCAGAACAGGUCGCUGUCAUUGUAAAUGUUUAGACUUUUCCAUUGAGUCGAUGUUGUUGAGUGCUGUCAAGCCCGCCCUGACUCACAGCAACCCGGUGUAGCACAGAACCACACUCCUCCCAGCCCUGUGCCGUCCUCACGUCAUUUGGUGUGCGUCCAUUACUGCAGUCACUGGGCCGUCCAUCUCCUUGAGGGUCUUCCUUCCCUUUACUGACCCUCUUCUAUGCCAAGUACAAUGGCUUUCUCCCGGGGCUGGUCCCUCCUGAGGACAUGUUCAAAGUAUGAGGGAUGAGUAGCACAUGCUUUGUUCGCUGAAAAAAUUUGACUAUCAUGAUGUGUAUCAAAAUCAGUCGAGAUGCCACCUGUGUGGAGGUCCUCUGUCCACCUGGCAGAGUUAAACCUAUUAACAUGGAUGUACGCUGUGGCUUGUAUGUUCUCUCAGAAAUGCUCCGUGAACUGGAAGAAUAACCAUAGAGACUUGUAUUUAUUUGUAUCCAUAGAUAUAUAUGCACUACACAUGCAUAUAUUGCACCACACAUAGAUUUAUUGCAUAGAUUUUUAAAAGAGAAAACACCCUAAAAUCAUGUGAAUCAUUUGUAUGUGUGUAGUUAGACCUACAGGUAAAAGACAUGGCUUUCUAGUCCCACAAGAACUCACAGGGGCAGUUCUACCCUGUCCGAUAGGGUUGCCGUGAGUCAGUGUUGACUCCAUGGCGGUGUUAGGUAGUUACAGCUACAGGCAAAGAUAAAUUAAGAGAGAAAUGUCACUUAUCCUUCGUUGUGUCCAGCAUAAUUUGGUCUCCUCGCCCCUUACAAGUACACGUGACAUUGACCUUGGCUGGUGCCCUAAAACCCACAACCAAGAGGUCUUGGAAUUCCUAGUGUUGCCUUCCAUGGAACACGGAGCCUGGCCUGAGUCCUUCUUUUCUCGUUGCUGCUGCAACCACUGUAUAAGGCAGAGUUUACCAGGCAGACACUCAGACGAAUACAUAAAUAGGGCAAACUGCUGCCAGGAAGGUGGUGGUCACUUGGAUGGGGUCUGAGCCGCUUGGCUUCCGGCCAGGCACGGUGACUAAUGAAAUCACCGAGAACAACAUGGUAUUUUAUCCAGCUGUGUGGUUUAGACAUAAAAAAUAGAUCUUGGCUGAAAUGGCGCCUCAUAAGCAUCAGGCGAAACGACAAAUUUCUCCACAUCAGCAUCUUGGUUUCGUCUUGGAAGACUCUUCAGUUAGCGAGCUCUCUGGCAAACCUGUAACAUUUAUUCAGCAUGAAGUAGCUUCUGCCCAGGACUUGAACGAACCAGCUCAGAAUCCCUCCGUUCUCCCCAUUCUCUGGACUCUAGGUGUAGUGACUCUAGACCCCGUAGUUCUAGCUCACCCUUCUGACUGGUCUCCCCCUGGCCCCGUGCCUGGCCCAGCCAUCGCUCAUUCGCAGUUCCUCCGGCCCCUGGCCACGUGGGCAGUCCUGCCCCGCGUCUGCUGCUGCCUCCGUCAUCUCCUCAUCCCGGUAGCUGUUACCCGUUGCCUUUGAGUUUGUUCCAAUUCGUGGUGAUUCUGUGCAUUAUAGAGUGGCCCGCGUCUUCCAUAGAUAGUCCGCUCAAAAUGAAUCAAAGUGAAAUUAGCCCAGAGGGCAAACGAAUGCCUGUUGACCUUGAACAUCUGAUAGCAUCAGGGCACAGCUGAUGGCGGGAAGGAAUCCCCCAGACGGGUGGUGUUCGUUGCUGUGGAGUAGGAUCUGGCUUAUGCUGACCUUGCAGAUGACAAUGAAACAUUGCCCACCUUGCGUCAUUCUCACUACCUCUCGCUACCGACUGUGUCAUAACACAGUUACCCCUCUUGUGUCAAUCCACCUCAUUGAAGAGUUCCCUCGUUUUCACGGAUCGUCUAUUUCAUGACCUCUCUUUCUAAAGAUUGGAGAUUUUUGAUGGCAUGCCUGAAACCAGUGAGCCGAGUCUUUCCUCCUCACUCGUCAGGCACAUUCUGGUUGGAUUUCGUGGAAGGCUGACUCCUUGGAAGGUGAUUGCAGUCUUCUUUGCUAACACUACGGUUAUCACACCACGCGGACGCACCAUGGCUUCUGUUUUCCCUCCAGUCUAAUGAUAAAGUCAGCGAGCUUGACUGAGGCGCUAAGUGGCUGUCUCCCACAGCUUCCUUAGAGCCUUAAAAUUAGAAACUAGGGGACCAAUGGGGUGUCUCUGGACAGCCUACCUCUCUGGACAUUUCGCUUCACUGAACUGAUAGCAGAGAAAGAAAGUAAAAGACCCUCAUUUCUAGGCAGUGGAAAUAUAAUACAACUUAAAAUUAAAAAUUCAAUGUUUUGAUGGACAGGUACAGGAGAAUUUAUACAUAUAUAUCUUCAGUCAUUUAUUUAUGCAAACGUAUGCUCAUUAAUCAACUCUCAAUGUAUUCACUCAUUUCUAUCUGUUUCACAAGUUCUCACUUACUGUGAUACAGACACUGAAAUGGGGUAUCACAGUGGCUGGAGCACGCUGACCUCUGAACUGUCGGCCGGUAGUCUGGGUGAGAAGUCCCACUCAUCCCAUCAGCUGAGCAGGACGUGGUCAGCCCCACACAGGAGAAGCCCAGGGUUCCAGCACACAAGUCACGGAAGCUGCAUUGCAGGUCAGCCCCAGCUUUGCCAACCACUCCUCAAGCACCAUCUUUCACUGCUGCGAAAACCAGGUACUUCAGAAAUACAUGAUGGUGGAUUGCGCUUCUGUCUCCUUCGAGUUUCGGUCCUGUGACCAAACAGAUUUCAAGGCAAGCCUUCAUGAUCAGACAGAAUCACCCCUGAAGUGGGGGCUGAAAUGUGUUCACCCUAGCUCUUAAGGACACACCCAGGACAAGUGAGCAGCAUGUGUAGCUGGUUUUGACUCAACGUAAGGAAGGUCAAGUGUAAAUAUUGCCCAGGAGAGUGGCGUGGGCAUUCUUAGGGCAUGAGCUAUAUUCUUUGAGCCAUUGAGAACAUCUAAAGAGGAGGCAGGGCCGCCCGGAGGGCAGUUCUGGUCAGGAACGUGUACGCACAAGGGACUGGAAGGAGGUCUGUGCUUUUCUGAAAGUUCCUUUGGAGACACUUAUUGAGUGCUUGUUCAUUUGCACCAUUCAUUUAAAUCUUGAUUUUUUUAAAAAAUUAAAUCAUUAUAUUGGGGGGGCUUGUACAACUCUUAUCUCA